AUGUCCAAGCCGGUGGUGAACUGGUUUAAGAGCAAAGCGGAUCUCGACAAGGCCCUCGAGGAGGAGACCUCGUCCGUCUUCGUCGUCGAGGGCGAGCCGGAGGCGCUCCCGCAGGACACACCCCCGGGGCCCGCGACCUCCGGAGGUGGAUGGACAGGCACGUCUUCGCCGCUGCCCCGGCGGGCACGGCCCUGCUCCCGGCGGACACGGCCGCUGCUGCGGCUGAAGGACC